UGACAGUAUUGGAAUUUUGGUUUUCCUUGUUAACCAACGUAGCAUACACUCAGUGAUAGGCCAUGCUACAUGGCAGAGUUAUUAUAUUCCGUUUUGUGCCUGGUGUCAGGACCUAGUAGCGAAAUUUGGACUAGUUUCUGACUUUGUGUGAGACAAACUUGUAAAUAGCUGUCUUGUGGCGUGAUAUAAUAAUUUAGCAUCUGAUACGAGGAUCUGUUUUCAACAUGCGGGCCCCCACAUAUUGAGAUAAGUUCGAUGUUAUAGACCCCCUUCUCAAUCACGGUUUCAUAUUAUGAUGAUAAGUCUAACACUCAAUGAUCUGUUGGCUGAACCAGAUGAGAUUUUUCGGUGUGCCGCACUGAGGAUUAAUGAUCCUUCAUACAAAGGAUUUUUGUUUAUCUGAAAUAAAUGCAAAUUUUUUUUUAGAAAAACGGUUUGUCUGUCAUAUACAGCUACAGAGAUUGUCCGUGUGUCGGAAAAAAACUAUUGGUCCGUCACAAAGAUCACACAGAUCCUACUGGAUUUUGCACGUUUGUUUUGUGUCUUCUUUUAGGGCAUUCUGAAUUAUCGUAACACACCAUGCAGGACAUCACAGCGCCAUAAAUUCCGACCUGAAGUGUCUAAGCAGCUAUGGCGUAAUACCCAUGGAUGAAGUCUAGAUCCAAGGUAUGUUGCUUAAAAAAAAUUCUAGACCUGCUCGUAAAGCGUACUACUUAUUUCUGUAUUCACACGUACUAUGUAAUGUGACAUACAUCUGUAUUAAGUCAACGUUUUAGACCUGCUCGUACAGUGUUGUGUUUAUUGCUGUAUCCACACGUACUUUGUAAUGUAACAUACAUCUGUAUUCAGUCAAAGUUUUAGACCUGCUCGUACAGUGUUGUGUUUAUUGCUGUAUCUUUUAUUGCUGUAUCCACACGUACUUUGUAAUGUAACAUACAUCUGUAUUCAGUCAAAGUUUUAGACCUGCUCGUACAGUGUUGUGUUUAUUGCUGUAUCCACACGUACUUUGUAAUGUAACAUACAUUUGUAUUCAGUCAAAGUUUUAGACCUGCUCGUACAGUGUUGUGUUUAUUGCUGUAUCCACACGUACUUUGUAAUGUAACAUACAUUUGUAUUCAGUCAAAGUUUUAGACCUGCUCGUACAGUGUUGUGUUUAUUGCUGUAUCCACACGUACUUUGUAAUGUAACAUACAUUUGUAUUCAGUCAAAGUUUUAGACCUGCUCGUACAGUGUUGUGUUUAUUGCUGUAUCCACACGUACUUUGUAAUGUAACAUACAUUUGUAUUCAGUCAAAGUUUUAGACCUGCUCGUACAGUGUUGUGUUUAUUGCUGUAUCCACACGUACUUUGUAAUGUAACAUACAUUUGUAUUCAGUCAAAGUUUUAGACCUGCUCGUACAGUGUUGUGUUUAUUGCUGUAUCCACACGUACUUUGUAAUGUAACAUACAUCUGUAUUCAGUCAAAGUUUUAGACCUGCUCGUACAGUGUUGUGUUUAUUGCUGUAUUCACUCGUACUUUGUAAUGUAACAUACAUUUGUAUUCAGUCAAAGUUUUAGACGUGCUCGUACAGUGUUGUGUUUAUUGCUGUAUUCACUCGUACUUUGUAAUGUAACAUACAUUUGUAUUCAGUCAAAGUUUUAGACCUGCUCGUACAGUGUUGUGUUUAUUGCUGUAUUCACUCGUACUAUGGGGUACCACAUCUACCUCUGUUAUGCCAAACCUGGCUUGUACAGUGUAGUGUUUAUUGCUGUAUUCACUCGUACUAUGGGGUACCACAUCUACCUCUGUUAUGCCAAACCUGGCUUGUACAGUGUUGUGUUUAUUGCUGUAUUCACUCGUACUAUGGGGUACCGCAUCUACCUCUGUUAUGCCAAACCUGGCUUGUACAGUGUUGUGUUUAUUGCUGUAUUCACUCGUACUAUGGGGUACCGCAUCUACCUCUGUUAUGCCAAACCUGGCUUGUACAGUGUAGUGUUUAUUGCUGUAUUCACUCGUACUAUGGGGUACCACAUCUACCUCUGUUAUGCCCAAACCUGGCUUGUACAGUGUAGUGUUUAUUGCUGUAUUCACUCGUACUAUGGGGUACCGCAUCUACCUCUGUUAUGCCCAAACCUGGCUUGUACAGUGUAGUGUUUAUUGCUGUAUUCACUCGUACUAUGGGGUACCGCAUCUACCUCUGUUAUACCCAAACCUGGCUUGUACAGUGUAGUGUUUAUUGCUGUAUUCACUCGUACUAUGGGGUACCACAUCUAGCUCUGUUAUGCCCAAACCUGGCUUGUACAGUGUAGUGUUUAUUGCUGUAUUCACUCGUACUAUGGGGUACCACAUCUACCUCUGUUAUGCCAAAACCUGGCUUGUACAGUGUAGUGUUUAUUGCUGUAUUCACUCGUACUAUGGGGUACCACAUCUACCUCUGUUAUGCCCAAACCUGGCUUGUACAGUGUAGUGUUUAUUGCUGUAUUCACUCGUACUAUGGGGUACCACAUCUACCUCUGUUAUGCCCAAACCUGGCUUGUACACUGUAGUGUUUAUUGCUGUAUUCACUCGUACUAUGGGGUACCACAUCUACCUCUGUUAUGCCAAAACCUGGCUUGCGAAACGCCUCGUGAGAAAAGUGGCAGCAUUUCUAUAAAUUGUACGUAAAUAUCACGUGUGCUUGAUGUGUGCUCGAUGUGUGCUUGGUGUGUGCUUGGUGUGUGCUUGGUGUGUGCUUGGUGUGUGCUUGGUGUGUGCUUGGUGUGUGCUUGGUGUGUGCUUGGUGUGUGCUUGGUGUGUGCUUGGUGUGUGCUUGGUGUGUGCUUGGUGUGUGCUUGGUGUGUGCUUGAGGUGUGCUUGGUGUGUGUUUGAUGUGUUCUUGGUGUGUGCUUGAUGUAUGCUUGGUGUGUGCUUGGUGUGUGCUCUAUGUGUGCUUGGUGUGUGCUUGACGUGUGCUUGAUGUGUGCUUGGUGCGUGCUUGAUUUGUGCUUGGUGUAUGCUUGGUAUGUUCUUGAUGUGUGCUUGGUGUGUUUUGGUGCGUGCUUUAUGUGCUUGGUGCGUGCUUGAUGUGUGCUUGGUGUAUGCUUGCAGUGUGCUUGGUGUGUGCUUGGUGUGUGCUUGAUGGGAGUAAAACAUUGAGUCUCGACUUGAAACACGAACAUUUUCUCAAAACAGUCAAAAUGGACUUAACCCCCACUACGACUUUCAUUCUUAUAUACAUGGUAUGUCACUGACGUAAGUGCAGCUAGAAUGGGUCUACUUCUCGCACGUUUUAAAACCAACCGACACAGAAACAUGUCUUCUUUUACUCUGGGCUUAAGUUCUUAACUGGUCAAAAUUUGUGGAGUACCCAGAAGCAGAGCGGUUAAAGAGAAAAGCCAACAGCAAAAGUCUACGUAAGAACAGUAGCAGUCUACGUAAGAACAGUAACAGUCUACGUAAGGACAGUAACAGUCUACGUAAGGACAGUAACAGUCUACGUAAGGACAGUAACAGUCUACGUAAGGACAGUAACAGUCUACGUAAGAACAGUAACAGUCUACGUAAGAACAGUAACAGUCUACGUAAGGACAGUAACAGUCUACGUAAGGACAGUAACAGUCUACGUAAGGACAGUAACAGUCUACGUAAGGACAGUAACAGUCUACGUAAGGACAGUAACAGUCUACGUAAGAACAGUAACAGUCUACGUAAGAACAGUAACAGUCUACGUAAGGACAGUAACAGUCUACGUAAGGACAGUAACAGUCUACGUAAGAACAGUAACAGUCUACGUAAGGACAGUAACAGUCUACGUAAGGACAGUAACAGUCUACGUAAGGACAGUAACAGUCUACGUAAGGACAGUAACAGUCUACGUAAGGACAGUAACAGUCUACGUAAGGACAGUAACAGUCUACGUAAGGACAGUAACAGUCUACGUAAGGACAGUAACAGUCUACGUAAGGACAGUAACAGUCUACGUAAGGACAGUAACAGUCUACGUAAGAACAGUAACAGUCUACGUAAGAACAGUAACAGUCUACGUAAGGACAGUAACAGUCUACGUAAGGACAGUAACAGUCUACGUAAGAACAGUAACAGUCUACGUAAGGACAGUAACAGUCUACGUAAGGACAGUAACAGUCUACGUAAGGACAGUAACAGUCUACGUAAGAACAGUAACAGUCUACGUAAGGACAGUAACAGUCUACGUAAGGACAGUAACAGUCUACGUAAGGACAGUAACAGUCUACGUAAGGACAGUAACAGUCCAGGUAAUAAGCCUCAAUAAGGAAUAUGUGGGUGUGUGUGUGUGCUGUUACGAAGCUUGGAAAGUUCCACACACGCUUCAGUUCUCCAACUAGCCAACCGAUUGCCAUCAAAUAAUUUCGUUUAAGUUAUUCCAACUGAAAAAAACAACAACAAAAAACAACAAACCCAGACAUCAAAAUAUUAUUUAAAAUUUAGGCCUGUUUCAAUUCAAGUGGGGACACGAUGCCGCACGCCUGUAGUUAUUUAUAACCCUGCCGCUUCAAGCCCCAGUUUUGUUUUAGCUUCCUCUUCACUUCACACAGUGCACGCAUCUCUCCUCCAAUUCAUGGUGUGUGGGUUUUUGUUUUUAAACCCAGAAGUUUAUUUAUUAUAACAAUGCACAUUGAAAAUAUGUUUGGAUUUUUGCACAAUGUUCCUAUAAUGCGUUUAGUAAUUUAUCCAUUUAUGGGGGGAAAAAAAAGCAAUAACUGGUAGAUGAGGAUAGCUAAGGAGUUAUGUAACUUUGCUAUACAAUGUCACUUGUUUAGUUCAAGCGGAAAGGUAAGGAGUUACAUACCUUUGCUAUCCAAUUUAUACUUGAUUUGUUUUUUUUGUGUCUUUUUGCACAUUUUAUUUUUGAUGUGGUCGAGAUAUGUUUCUAUAUUUAUGUGGUCGAGAUAUGUUUCUAUAUUUAUGUGGUCGAGAUAUGUUUCUAUAUUUAUGUGGUCGAAAUAUUUUUGUCUACCUACUUGUCUACCUACUUGUCUACCUACUUGUCUACCUACUUGUCUACCUACUUGUCUACCUACUUGUCUACCUACUUGUCUACCUACUUGUCGCCUUGAUAGAAUGGAAAUAAUGAGCUAUGGACGAGGAAAAAAAAAUACCCGCCCCUUGGGGGCACCCACGCGUGCCAAGCCACCCGGUGUCCUCAGCCUCUGCGCGCCCCUGGACACACGCUACUCCCACUGCCUUAAAAGGACGACCAGGAUCAUCUUAGAGCUUUUACAAAUAAUUAAUCAGGGCGAAAACGUGAAAUAGCUAUUGAACACGGCCGAUUGUACACCUACUUUUUAAAACGUAUAUGAAGUAUGUCCUAUUUUUCUUUUAAAGUAUGGAAAGUAUGCCAUAUUUUUAAAAAAGUAUAUGAAGUAUGCCGUAUUUUUGUAAAAAGUAUGCAAGGUUUGUCGUAUUUUAAAAAGUACAUAAAGUAUGCCAUAUUUUUAAAAAGUAUAUGAAGUAUGCCGUAUUUUUGUAAAAAGUAUGCAUAUUUGUCGUAUUUUAAAAAGUAAAUAAAGCAUGCCAUAUUUUAAAAAGUAUAUUGAGUAUGCCCUAUUAUUUUAAAAAGUAUGGAAAGUAUGUCAUAUCUUUAAAAAAACAUAUAAAAUAUGCCCUGCUUUUUUAAAAAUAUGGCAUGUAAAGUAUGACAUAGUUUUGAAAAUAUAUAUAUAUAAAGUAUGCCCUAAUAGUAAUAUAAUUUAUUCUAAUUGCUCUAAGGAGCUGCAGUGUGAGACUCGGUUGUCAUUGGUUUUGGUUGUAUUGUGCAGUGAAUGUGUGUGUGUGUGGGGGGGGGGGGGGAGAGCAGAACGGGAAUCCGAAACCGAUUAUUUUAUUUUAAAAAGAUCAACUACAAGACGCGUGCAAAGGGUCAUUGGACAAUAUAUUCGAAUUUAAAGUUCGUGUAUCAGGAUUUGAUGGACAUGAUGCCCAUCGCUUUGUUUAAAUAGCCAACUUACAAAUUUUUUGGGUUUAACAUGAAAGGUUAUUGCUGAACAUUGAGGUCAACAAGGUUUAAUCGACAGAGUGAACGGAAAAUACAAAUAAGUUUUAUCAGUGCCAAGACUUCCGAAGGACAAUCUGGCCUACAUUAAAAAGUGAUGUGAUUUUUUAUGUGUGUGUGUGUGUGUGUUUGUUUUUUUUAAAAUUGUCCUGUUAUCAACCUAUGACUGUACUGUUAUAAUUCCAGGGCGAUUUCGUUAUCGUAAUCAGGUAAAUAGCUCAAGCCAUCAGACUGGAAAAGCACGUUCCGUCAUUUAAAUCCCUGCAAAGGUCGGACGCCUCUUUUUUUUUGUUGUUUGUUAUUUGGUGCUGUCAGUGUCCUGGCACUGUUGAAUACGAAAAAUGACGGGUGAUAAGUUGAUGUAGGAAUUAACAGUAGAGCCGUACUGUAUCGACGUCAGCACUGCUUAUUAAUCGUAGCGGGCAUGAGUUCCGACCAGAGGGUUGAUUUUCUCCUAAUGCAGUGAUACCUUGGAAUCAGGGCGGACGCCCCAGAACUCGAACAAUUUGGAAUUCCAAAUGCCCAGUACUGUGUUCUGUUGUUAUUUUGUUUUUUUUUAUUUUCCUUCUUUUUGUGUGCCAUGCAAUGCGCUUUGUCGUAUUCUGAAGUUGUAGUCUGUAGUGAAAGCAUUACUCAAUGCUAAUUUUAUUCUUUUGUGUUUGUUUUGUGUUAUUAAUAUAUAUAUAUAUAUAUAUAUAUAUAUAUAUAUAUAUAUAUAUAUAUAUAAACAAAUAAGUAUAUUCUUGAUGGGUCCUAGAAAUUGUAGAGAGGAAAAUAAGGGAUAGAAGAAAGUUGUUACAGCUACAACUAAAGUUAAGCAAAAAUUUUAUUUUUUUGUUUGUGUUUUUUGUUUUUAUUAUAUAUAUAUAUAUAUAUAUAUAUAUAUAUAUAUAUAUAUAUAUAUAUAAACAACUAAGUAUAUUCUUGAUGGGUCCUAGAAAUUGUAGUGAGGAAAAUAAGGGUUAGAAGAAAGUUGUUACAGCUGCAACUAAAGUUAAGCAAAAAUCUGUUCGCUAAUUAUGAAAGCGGUUCACGUGUGGCUGAUCUCACGACUGUCUGUGUUGGUGAUGUCUCCUAACUCGACUGAACGUUAUUUUAUGCUGUUGUUGUUUUUUUAAACAUAAAGAGUCUGUCAAAGUGGCGAAAGAGAUUACGACGCUGACCUCUAUGAAAGUCUGGAAACGAUGGAAAAUAUGAUUGUGCAUUCAUGUAUGCUUUUCAGGAAGAAGUGCGCCGAAAUGCAGGCUUUGCACCGGGCGCAGCUUUUUGCUUGCCACGGCCGUCCAUGGAAAUAUAAAAUCUCUUUUCGGUGGCCCAUUAUUGUGUCAUGUACGGUAAUGCUAUUUAACUGACUUUCAUUUAAUAUAUGAUUUUAAAAAAAAUAAUUUUAUAAUGUAUUCCAUCUGCAGGCAGAAAAUUCAUGAUUGAUUAACGUGCAACGCCAAAUAAAACCGUCAUGUCACCACCGGAAGAUGGGGAGGAGUCAACUCCCCUCAUCAAGCGUAGUUACCAUGACAGCGACCCACAAUUCUCUGUUGUAAGAGCCCGCAUCGUGUCCAUUGUUAUUCCGGUUCUUACAAUGUAAGUCUCCCAAGAAGAAUAAAAAUGAAUAAUGUGCGUGUAUUGUUUACAAAUAGUGGCCUCCGAUCAAUGGUGUUUCCACUGGGCCGAAGCAGCAGUCCAUGCCUCGCGUCUCUCAAUUUAUUUGAUCUCGUGUGUAGGAUAAUUGUGCGUGUCCGAGGGGGGGGGGGGGCGAAGUUGCAUUUUCCGNUUUUUUUUUUUUUUUUUUUUUGUAUCUUGAAAAAAUUGGGAACUGUGAGAGGUGGGGGUAGUAUACGGAAAGGAAGAUUAAUUUUUUUUAAAAUAAUAAAUUUAAAGGGAGAAACAUUUAAAUAACCUCGUUACAAAAUCGGUUGCCCUACCCCUUUCUUCUUGUUUUUGUCAUCAAAAUAACAUUACUGAAAACAUAAUAGUAAUAAAAAAAUAAAAAAAAACUAAUUUAAGCCCAAAACUUGGCCAAUGCAAUACAACAGUGUAGAGCCACAUUCACCUAGCAGAGUAAAUUAACCAAAGUUAGUUAGUUUUACAAAUUACUUCCUCCAUUUCGACACAGGUCAGCAGGCAGCGCUAGGGACACACUGAUGGCACAGUACAUCGUCAAGAGGCUCUCAAGCGAUCGCGGCCUUGGUACCAAUGAAACAGACACGGCCCCGUGCAAUGUUGAGCUCAACGACUCUAGAGCCAAAGAGGCUGAUGAGUUACAAGCGGAGGUAAGAACAAGAAAUAUUGGAGAGACUUACUUGUCUGCCGCUGUCAACUUAUUCUCUAUGUUACGUUCUACAAUUUCUUUUCACUGACUUAAAUUUAAAAAUGUUUAACUUUGCAUAUGUCAAUAACUAUUAUAUUCUGCUUCUUUGGUUUCUACUAAACCCUUCUUUAUCAAUAACAACAUCUAAGAAGUGUAUUUUAUAUGGCCGAUAGUUUUAAUGAUAUCCUAUUAUUUUCAGAUAUUUAUAAUGAAUUACAUGGUUUGAUUUUACCUUCGAAUAGUUAUUUAUUUUGAUUGCAAAAGUUUAUUCAAAUAGUACAAAAUUAUGUAGUUGGAAAAACCUUCUGGUUUGUAAAUAUUGUACCAUAAUAUACUGUACCAAAUUUGUUUCCUAAGUGAAUAAUUUCGCCCCAAAAUGUAUUUUCUGUAGGCUUCUGAUCUGUUAACAAACUUAAACUUGACCCUGUGCAUACCCGCAUUUUUCACCUGCCUGAUCAUUGGCUCAUACUCUGAUUUCCUGGGUCGCAGACUUUUGUUGAUGUUUCCAGUUCUUAGCCAUCUCUUGCGGAUGGCACUGACCACAUGCAUCAUUAAGUAAGUAAACAAAGAAAAAAAAAACGUUCACAGUUUAUUAGUAAAUGAGGGAUACGGGAUACAUGGAUAUCGUCCUUUAAAUUAUAAACCUAGUGAUAUUUUUUUUCAACAUUUCUAUUUUCUAAAUUUUCAUCUUCAUAAUGGAAAUCGGAGUAGAAAAUUUUUUUUUUUUUUGUUGAAAAAGAAAGUUAAGGGAGAGUCGGGUGAAAUGGGCCACCAAAUGGGCCACCAAAUGGACCACCAAAUGGGCCACCAAAUGGGCCACCAAAUGGGACACCAAAUGGGACACCAAAUGGGCCACCAAAUGAACAUCGGUCAAAAAAUCCAGCUGGUGUUAACAAAUAGAAAGGUUUAACCAUGAAAUUUGGCAUAUUAAUGGCCAGUCCAAAUUUACACAUAAAAACUUAAUUUGCAUUGUGAUAAAUUUGAUUGUUUUUGUGAAAUUUAAAAGAAACUGAUGACUAUGUAGGUUGGGAGAAAUGGACAUAGCGAAGGGAGAAAUGGACCACCAUGUUGUGAGAAAUGGCCAGCUAACUAAAAAGUAGUUAAAACAAAUUAAUAUUUGUACCUAUUUUCAAUUAAUUUUCUCUCUCUUGAGCUGAAAUGCAGCAAACAAUAUGUAAUGUAAUUAAAAAGAUAAGCAAAACCAUUUUACAUUUUAUGUCUAUUUAUUGAACAUAACGAUGUAGACAAUGUAAUUUGAGCAAAACAAUAACACAGAUUUAUUUAACAUUUAAAGAACUCAGGUUUUCUUUAACGAAAACACUUCUUUAAUUCUAGCUGCCCCAGUAUUCUGUAAUUUUGUAAGUUUGCAUUUUAUGUCUUUAACAUAGGCACACCGGCAAUGACUUCUACGUGUGGUCUUAUAAAUUUGCUAGUCACUUGCUCACUUUUUCAUAAAAAAUUCAACUUCCACAUCCAAAUUUUCAUCCACUUUCUUCCUCACAACAGUCACAUAAAACAACACUGACCUUUUUACACCAUACUCACACAGCACACAAUCAUCUUUCUUAACGUCUUCAACACCAUUCAUUUCCACACAAUUAGUUGUCAUGUCUUCACAGUCUGAAAUAAAGUCAUCUAAAUCAUCAUUGUUUAUCAGGUCAAUUUCCAUGUCAGAGUCGUUAUCCUCACUUGUCCAAAUUGUGUAGCAGCUGCACGCAUGGACUUUCCCCUUUUAAUGGCAUCAACUGCAUUUCUCAUAUCUUCGAAGGGUAUUCAACCAUUAUCUGUUUUUCUUGUGUAGUUUCUGCAAGGCAAAAAUAUGGGGAACUUUACAUUCUCAUCCCAUGGGAAAUUAAAAUUGUUUUUUUUUUAAAACAAAAGCUUUAAAAAAUUAAGAAGAUUUAAUUUCUACAGUACAUAAUCAUACAUACAUAUAUAUAUUAGGAAAAUAUUUUCUAAAAUUACGUUUUGCUACAAUAAAUCAUAACUGAUAAUUCAAAAUCUUUAUUUAAAGUUAAUUAACUAUAGUCAUGCUCAAUAUAGUAAUACGUUUUAGUUACUUCAAGAUUUUGCAGAAUGAAGUAUAAAUAAAAUAAACAGUUGUGAGACAUGGACAUAUGUACAUUUCUCCCCAUUUUUUGGGCACGUUUCACCCCACUAGGGGGUUGAUGCAGAAUUUUAAAAAAAAUAUAUAUAAGUUCGUGAUGCAAAUGAAAUUUAAUAUGAAAUACUAUAACUAACUAAAUAUGAUACUUUAAAUGAUAUUUACCUUUAUUAUUGAUGAACCAGUUAAAUUUCUAGACGCUUUGAUCAGGCGUGUUCAAAACACGAUUUUUUAAUGCCAAAAUUUUACUCAUGAUUCAUUUGUUUCAUAGCUGACCAUUCAAUCUGGAAACGCUUAGAAAACACACACACACACACACAAAAAGAAGUAAUUUGUGCAUUCAUUUAGUUCCAAAACAUUUUAGUCCAAUAGAUUCGACUGUAAAGGGGGUGGUCCAUUUCUCCCACCUGUCCAUUUCUCCCGACUCUCCCCUACAUUGUGAUUUCUUUUUGAUAGUAGCUAAUUGCUGUGAUAAAUGUAUAUCAAUGGUGUCAAUUUGCCUGGACUGACUGCUAAAAGCUAUCAUCAACUUGAGAAAUUGUUGCCAUUUCAUCUAACUCAUUUUGAAACUAUUUCUAGCAAAUACAACAUUUUUUUCCAGAUUUAACCUUGACCUUAAUUAUACCUACAUUGCUUACGGCAUCGACGGCCUGGCGGGAUCGUGGUUUGCGAUUCUACUCGGUCUGUUUGCCCUGACAGCUGACAUGAAUGCAUCAAAACACGAUCGGACAUUUUGGAUCUACUUUAUCGGCUGUGCCACGACCAUCAUGAGCGCUGGGGCCAAUGUGGCGGUCGGCUACCUCAUCGAUUACGUCGACUUCUUUUACGCAUGCCUCCUCCUGGUCGCCAUGAUGCUCAUUUCAUUCCUCGUUCUCAUCUUCACCCUUCAAGAAACACUGCCGGUGCAUCUCCGUCCAAAGGGAAUGGGGCGCAACCCUUUAUCGCACGUUAGGAGGAUUGUAUCUUUUUACAUCUUCGACGGGACCGUCCGAAGACGUAUGACGUUCUGCUUGUGCCUGCUGCUGUUUGUUUUCGGAGUUGCCAAUGAUUUGAACGUGGGCUCCAUGGACACUUUGUACCAGCUCCACAGACCGUUCUGCUGGAGCUCCAAGGAGAUAGGCAAUUACAACGCCAUACGGUCGGCCGGAACAGCGUUCCUGGGCGUUCUUCUUUUAAAAUUUCUUCAGUGCUGCAUGUCCGACGAGAAGAUCGGGAUGAUAGGCAUUCUGUCUCAAGGGGUCGGUUUCACAUUCGAAGCCUACAUACAAGUCUCGUGGCAUUUUUAUUUUGGUGAGUCUGCACUUAAUUAAAAAAAAACCAACUAUGUCUAGUUCUUAACCCAUGCAACUCAGGGCACUUAGAAAUAUAAAUAUCAUCAAUAGAAACCCACAGGCAUAGGAGAACAACUCCACAUUUUACCAUUGAUACAUUUAGAAAUAAAUUCUUUAAAAAAAAUCUAUAUUGUUAGUUAUUUUAUAUGAGAUAAGUUUAUUUGCGCAUUCAUUCACCGCUGGUUUCUGUAUGUGUUGUUUGAAAUUAUCAACAAAACCAUUUGGAGUUUGAAAUCUGAAAUGUCAAACUGUGACAAACGGCUUGACUACUCAUGAUCGUAACCAUAAAAAUAUGAAUCUGCUAGUAAAAAUUGAUAUGAAAAAAUUUCCUUACGUUAGAGGGUCUAAACGAGAGUAAGGAUUGUGUCACUAGGCUUAAGGGAAUAGUCAUCCUAAAUGAUACCUAUGGGGUAUGUCCAAAUUUUUGUAAAACAGAGUGGCCUUCCCGUGGUUGCCACCUCUUAUUCCCAUUUGGAUUGGUUUUAAAAUCACGUUUGUUCUUUCUAAACUGGAUUCAAGUAAGUCAAGUAGGGCUGAUUAAAACAGACCCAAUGAUAUAGUUUAAAAAAAAAAAUUUCAAUGUAUACUUGUAUCGGAAUUGUUUCUUUUCUCUCAGUUCAUGUUAUCGUCAUCCAAUCCAUGCUUAUUUAGCCAAACCAUGACAACCACAAAUGAUAUGAAAGCGGAUAUGAUAUGAACCAACCAAUUUCACUAGUUUCUCUCAGAAAAUAAUUAGUUUUUUCCUACAUCGACGUACCCCACAAAGAAGAGAUGCUCCAGUUAACUGUUUGUAUAAAUUAUGCUUCCUCACAUUAGUAUUUCUCAUGCAUAAACUUUUUACAAAGAAAAUGCCAUUUCUUUCAUUGACAGUUCCCAUUUUGUUGACCCCAACAUCUCCAUUUUCUGCCAUAGUGCGUACAAUGAUGUCUGUGUUAGCUGGACCAGACCAACAAGGUAAUGAGUGGUUGAAACUCUAUAGAUAAAUUAUUUUUAAUGGUCUGCCCUCAUAUAUAAAGCUGGAAAAACUCGUUAAGUAAAAAAAAAUAUGAGCUUCUGUAUGAGCUCACACUUUAAAAUAUGAGCUUCUGUAUGUGCUCACAGUUUAAAAUAUGAGCUUCUGUAUGUGCUCAGAGUUUAAAAUAUGAGCUUCUGUAUGUGCUCACAGUUUAAAAUAUGAGCUUCUGUAUGUGCUCACAGUUUAAAAUAUGAGCUUCUGUAUGUGCUCAGAGUUUAAAAUAUGAGCUUCUGUAUGUGCUCACAGUUUAAAAUAUGAGCUUCUGUAUGUGCUCAGAGUUUAAAAUAUGAGCUUCUGUAUGUGCUCACAAUUCAUAAAUCGGAGCUUUUGUCUGUUUUUUUCCUUUAUGGCUCUUUUGGUUUAGUACUUUACCUUAAAAAGUACCAAUUAUCACAGCGUUUGAGUGGAACUUUACAGGAAAUAAACAAAGUAUAUGCACGUAAGAUAAGAAGAAGGUAUUAUUUCCUUUGAAUGAUGAGUAAAUCAAAAGAAAAAAUGCUGUGGCUUUUAGAGACAUUUUUUGGCAGAAAUAUCAAAUAAGGAGAAAUUUACAAAGGAAAGAAAAAUGUUAAAGGGGUCUUUUUAACUUCCAGAUGCUGAAAUGAAAUAGAUGUGAUCUUAUUGCAUGGAGCUGCACGAUUGAGGAUUGUUAAAUAAUAAUCUUUCAAUUUCUGUUCCAGGUGCUGUUUUCUCCAGCAUUGCCGUCGUUGAGACAAUUUGUAACCUGGUGUCCACCACAGCAUUCAAUAAAAUUUAUGCCGUGACAGUAAGCUAUAUGCCGGGGGCAGUGUAUCUAGUCAUGGCCUCAUGCAGUUACCUCACUUUUCUUCUCUUUGGGUGAGUUCUAAAGAAAUAUCAUUUUUUUAUGCGGUACACACAAUCGAGAAUAUGGUAUGAACAUUUAUUUUAAAAACUCAAUAGAAAAUUAGAUACCUCACGUUGAAUAUAGGGCUCAAAGGCAAUGUGAGAUAACUGAGAGCUACUAUUAAAAAUAAUUUGUUUAAUCUGAUAAUUAGCAGUCACUUUUUUAAUUUUUGAUUUUAAAUGACCUUAUCAAAAGCACACACAAAAUAAACAUUUUUAAAACAAAUCAGAAUUUAAUUUGCCAGGAAAGCAUGCACACACCCCCCACCCCCACCUUCAUGACUCGAGGAGGGAUACAAAAUUAUAAAUAGGGUUUGCUCCGGGAGACUGGGGUUGAGCUGUCCAUAUUUUGUUAGAUUUCCGUAAAGAAAUGAAUUAUCUUCUGCUAUAUAUAACCCACACACACACACCCAUAUAUCCACCCUUCUUCUAUUCUUCUUUCGUGGGCCGGGAUGAAGAAUGAACCUUUUAAAAGAUUUCAUAAAUUUAAAAAUAAUUUAAUUUUUUGCAUUUCAGGGUCUAUUUCUGCAUACAUGAGCGCCCUCAAAAGGAACACAUUAUUAUUGUUAAUCCAGAGCCCAUUCAGGAAACAAAAUGAUUGGCCAAGAGUAAUGUGAAUUGCCGUUAGCAAAGAAAAACUUAGAUUUAUAAUAUCCUCGAAACAGGCAGUGCUAAACACAGAAGUGCCAAAUUUUAACUUUUUUUUUUGCUUCAUUUCAUACAUUCCAUUUUUUAGGGUAAACAGCUUAAAUUGAACUGUUUUUAAUAAUUACUGACCACAAAGUUAAAUAAAAAAAGCAAACAUUUGUAAAAGAUUUAUUUUUAGUUGUUUGGACUGUUACGAAAGCUGAAUGUUCUGAACAUUUUACAUAGCUCAUUAUGUAGGUAGUUUAUGAACCUUCUGAAAGGACCUCUUUACAACAUACACUUGAAGCGCCCCAGAUUUAGUAAAUAUCAGAAAAUUAAAAUAUUUUUUUAAAAUUACAUAUUUUAAACCACACAUUAACUCAUACCUUUUAAAAUAAUGUUUUUGAAUGUGCGAUGAAAAACCACAUUUAUCAAUUAUAAGUAAUUAAAUUUUAAAUCUUCAAUAAUCUUUUAAUGUUAAUGGAGGGUCCUGUGAUAUUAUAUUUCCCUCUCUGUAGACAAAGUCAAAACAUUUUUUUUUUUCAAUUUAGACAAAUUUUAAUGUUUCCAUGAAAUUUUUACAAUAUUCCAUAACAGAACUAUUUUAUUAAAUGUAUACAACACUCCACAAAAUAGCUCUCAUUCACAGUUUUUUUAGUGCAUUGGGUUAUAAUUUUGUGUGCACAUGCACCUAACUGGGAACAUGACUUUCAUCUAAACUUUAAUUAUUCACUUCUGUCCCCAAUUCAGUAGAUUUGUUUUAAGAAAACACAGUUUAACUAUACAACUUUUUAUUUGGUCAGCAUGGAAGUCAUCCAAACUUGAUGAAUUUUUAAAGGAUUUCACAAAGUCAACUGGACUCUUUUUAAAAUAAUUUUUAAAUUCAAUAUAGGUGUCAAAUUGCUGCAAUGAUUAAUUUAAUCAUUUGAAUUUUGAGUGAAUGAUGUCCAUAUUUUUGCUCUGUGGGUGCUGCAAGUCAAUAGAUGUUGUUGAAAAUAAUGUUUUUGUUUUCAUGAUAAUUGUAAAAUGUUUGUAAAUACUUGACAUGUGUUUCUUUUUUUGGGGGGGGAGAUUAUUUUUGGGUUAUUUAACUGUGCUUUAUUAACAUAGGCAUUUGCUCAUUUUAUAUUUUUUCUCACUGCGUGAGGACUAAGCAUUUGCAAAAUUACAUCAUAAAUGAAAUAGUCUCUUUUUAGGAUUUAAUUCAGUUUAUUUUGAAGCUUCAAAGUUUAAGUAUUAAACUUUUAUUUAUUCAUUUCAUACUUGAUGCUGCACUUCCAGAAAUUAUUUUUAUUAAGUGUAAAUAAAAGGGACCUUUUGGUUUUAUUUGAAUAUAUUAAUAUAUUGUUUAUAAUGAAUGGGACUAAAUCUAAAGUAUAAAAUUUUGGGAACUGAAAAAGCUACAAAAAGCUGAUCAUUUUUUGCCAUCCUGCACUUGAAAUCAGCAUAUUCCCCUCAUCAAAAUUCUAUCCUGCAAACAUACGAUUCAAAAUAUUUGAAAGGUCUGUUACCCAUUUGGUAAAUUUUUAAACAAAUGAGUAAUUUAUCAUUCAAUGUUGAUGAGCCAUGAACCUAUUCUAUAGUAUUAGACAGUGGUGACAUUGUAAGACAUGUGAUGGAACAGCUUGAGGUUUCACCAAUUAACUAUGACCUGAAUAAAUGAAAAGCUACAACUGUCCAAAUAGUACACUCAAAGUACUGAACAGGCAACAGAAACUUUUACAACUUAUUUUUUAUUUAUUAAAAAAAAAUAAUUUAAACAGUUAAACAUUUUUAAAAGGAUUUAUAUGGAAAUUAGGCCUUUUAAAAAAAAAAAAAGUUUUUCAAUUCACUAGGCUUUAGGACAUUCUGUAUUAAAUGUGUGAAGAUUAUCCCUAUUUAUUGCAAUAAAACUCAAGAUUCCCUGGUAAAAAAUUAGGCCACAUAAAGCAGGUCAGUUUUUCUUCUUUGUUUCAAAGAAAAAGUCUGAUGGGUCAAAUAUAUGUCCAAAUUGUUAUUUUAACAAAACUGAUAGCUAAUGUUGCCCUUAAUUGGUAUGCCAUUACAGCGCAUUUAUAAACUUGCACAAUCAUUAACAUUAUAUCCAAAUCAGGAAUAGUUUUACUUAUUGACCUGCUUAUUAAAAUUAAGAGCAUUAUGAAUAUUUAAAAAAAAAUAUGUAAACAAUUUUUUCAUGAUCAAAAUUUAGAUUGCUUUUUAUCGAGAACCUUUUUAAAAAAAAUCUAAACCCUGUGUUUUUCAGUGAAUUCUUAUUGAUACCGGUGCCAUAAGUUUACUCAUACAUUUUUCUAUAAAUCCCAACAAAAUCUUUCUCUUAUUAUUCAUUCCACAUUAGAUCAUAUUUUUUAUGGUAUACAUUUAUCUUCUUCUAAAAACGGGUAUAAUGAUGUAUGGGAAAAAAAGUCAAUUUUAUUAUCAUUAAUAAGAAUUUUUUUUUUUAAAUAUAUAUAUAUAUAAGCUCUUUUAAAAUGGGUUUAUGGCAUUCUAAAUAUAUAUAUAUUUUUUUCUUUGGUCUAACAAUUUCUAACAACUAAUACCUUGAUUUAUGUCAUAAAUGGAAAUAAAGAGCUGAUGGUGUUCACUUACUGUGAACAUUAUUGUGUACACUAUGUAUAGAAACUACCACACAUGCUUUCAUCAAUCCAAAAUGAAACUUCUUAUUUUUUGCAUUUGCUUUAUUAUGAAUAUAUUUUUCUCUUGUUUUUAAAAAGAUGUGAGUCAAAGCUAUUGUACAAAAAUGUUUUUAACCAUCAUUAAAAUUUUUCUUAUAAAAGUGUGUUGUUUAUUUUACAGUUAAAAAAAAUCAAAACCCAUCCUAAACAGAGGUAAAAAAUAUUUUCCCAAAUAUGUUACAAGAAUUAAAAUGUAUGCUUAUUAUAAAUAAUAAUAAUAAUAAUAAAGUUCAUUUCAAAAACACGCUUCAUCCCCAAAGGCUCGAAGCGCGGUACAAAGUCAACAAAAAACAUAUCUAUAAUUAACCACAUUUAAAACAAACGCAACACUACAAAAACUAAUUACAAGCAUACAAUGGCAAAGUCUUUCUAGCCAUUUCAACCCGGAGCAACACAGCCAUUAUGCAUUA